UUCAACCGCCUCGUCUGUCCCGUUUCCUCUUCCCGGUGAUGGAGGUCUGCUGCAAGAAGCUUUAAACCCGCAGCUGCGCUCAGAGACACGGUCGAACAUCCGGAGAGGAACCAGAGUCCAGACUCCGUUCGAACACACAAGUCAAGAUGCCAGUGGCUGUAGGUCCGUACGGCCAAGGCCAGGCCCAGCCCAGCUGCUUUGACCGGGUCAAGAUGGGCUUCAUGAUGGGGUUCACUGUGGGAUUGGCUGCUGGCGCCAUGUUUGGCACUUUCUCCUGUCUCAGGAUCGGAAUGCGGGGCAGAGAGCUGAUGGGCGGAGUAGGAAAGACCAUGAUGCAAAGCGGCGGGACGUUCGGCACCUUUAUGUCCAUCGGAAUGGGAAUCCGCUGCUGAGGAGGAGGAGCCACCUCCUCAUGACUACACAGCUAUGGGACUUUUCCAAAAAUCUACAUCCACAUCUCUCUGUCUGUCCGCUGCUGUCACACUCUCAACCUGAAGUCUAGUUUUGUCAAUAAAAGUUCAGAUAUGUCCAAUGGG